UCCCAAGACGUGGCUACUAGAUUUUGCCGCUAAUCCAAGGAUGAAGAAGGAGGCACACGGAUUUCAAGGAUGGCAGCCAAAUGCCCGCCGCCACUCGCCCACGCCCCUGGGUCUUGGCCACCUCUCGCACAUCUUUACCUGCACCGAUCCGGAGGCCAAUGAACAGCCUCCGGCCGCUUCCUCCCCCAAAGUAAUGAAGGCCCCUGCAAAUAGCGACGAAGAUGACGUGAUUAAUCAAAUUAUGGGGGACUUUGGUCCAUGGCAGCUGCGCUCGCUGCUCAUCCUGUUUCUCUGCAAGAUCCCAGCCGCCUGGUUCAUGGCCUGCAUCCUGUUCACGGCCCCGGACCUUUAUCCAGAGGAGGAGUACACCUGCGACACGAGCUCCUUCGCACCGGCGGACAAUUGUACCGUCUCCCUGGACCAGUGCUACGUCAUGGUGAACUACGGGGACGCUGGCUACGCCAUGCGUCAGUGCCGUAGGUUCCUUUACACCACUGGCUUCCACUCCCUGACCAUGGAGUUCGACCUGGUUUGCCUGUGCGACUUCUUCGUGGCCUGGUCCCAGUACUGGCACCUCUUCGGCCUGCUCAUCGGAGGCGUGGCCGCCACCAAGCUGAUGCGGGUGCUGAGUCCCCGCCAGAUUUAUUCGGCUGGCAUCUGGUGCCUGCUGAUGUGCAGCCUCCUGAUGGGUCUGGUCAAGGAUUUCAGUCUUCACUGUGGAUUGCGUUGCCUGGCAGCAAUUUCGUGCUGUUUCAUGAUCACCUCCGGCCACUCCAUUUUUAGCGACAUAACAGCGGGUAAGCACCGACUGGGUGCUCUCCUCCUUUACGACUGCUUCUGGGCCCUGGGCCUGAUACUGCUCCCUGGCCUUGCCUCUGGCGCUCCCAGCUGGCAGCACAUAUAUCUGGGCGUGACCCUGUCCCUGCUGGUGAUCGUUUUCCUGCUGCCCUGGACUCCGGACUCACCUCGGUGGCAGUUGCAGCACGCCAAGGACACCCAGCUGGCCGUCGAGAGGACAGUGGCAAUACUGCUGGAGGCAGCCCGCAUGAACGGAGGCAUACUCAAGGUCUCGAAGGAGUUGCCCCACCAGCUGGGGCAGCUGAGGGAAAGGAUGCAGGAGCAGACGCCCCCGGCUCAGUGGAUGGAGUUGUGGAUGGGAGACAGAAGGAGCACAUUCCGUUUGGUGGCUGUGCACAUGGCAUUGGCCACGUUCAUGGUGGUGAAUACGGGGCUGCUGCUUCACGUGCGAUCCUUCGGCAGGGAGCACCUGGUGUCCAAUACGCUGGCCAUGGGCUUAGCCGAAAUGCUGGGCUGUCUGCUGGCCCUGCAUCUCACUUUUAACCGCCACGAUCAGAAGUGGCAGUGGGCGGGAGCAUUUGCAAUUGUGGUCGGUAGCAUCGGCAGCAUUUGCUGGUUUCUGGCCGAAGCGGACAUGCCCGAGGUGUACGGACUCACGCUGGGAUUGCUAAUGGCCUCCCUGCCCCAGGCGGCCGUCUCCUGUGCCCAGUCCAUGAUCCUGGCGUGCCUGAGUGACCUGGUGCCCUCAGAGCAGCGGAGUAGCCUCUCCUUCUCGGCCGUCACCUGGGCAAGAGUGUGGCAGCUGUCCGCCUCCUUUCUCACUCUGCUGCGGCAGGUGAGUCCCGCCCUCUCGCUGUCCGCCUUUUGCCUGCUGGUCAUCCUGGGUGGCCUCUGCACCUGUUGUCUGGCCACUCCGGUAGGUGACCGGGAACCUGAAGGAGGGGCGUUGCCCAAGAAGCAACAGCUUAUUACGUAUACGUAAUAGUACUUAUGUUUGUAAGGUUUUCUAAGUUAGUUUUAGUGUCUCUCAAGUAUUCGCGAUCAGUAUUCGAAUUUAGCUCGUUACAAAAUUGAAAAUGUUUAUUAUACUAAAUUGCAUACUUUUAGGAAUAAAUCAAAAGUAAAGCUGAA